AAACUUCCAUAAUUCUAUCCGCUCAGAACAAGUAGAAAGAGAUUUGAUGGCUCAAAUGCAAGACCUUACCCAGUUGCGUCAUCCUCAGUCCAAGAAUGGUACAGCCCAUAUAUUGAUCGCCACCAUAUUACUGCUAAGAGAGAUUCUCCACCGAUGGGACAGUCCUUCCGAUCGCCGGACCUCUCGGAAUUGAGACUCUACUCGAUCCAAUUCCAAGCUCAAUGACCCGAACAAAUUUGAAAGGUUGUCAGAGCAACCGUUAAUGAAGAACCGAGCAAUCCUUGGUGGUAUCGGACGUUCCAAGCCCACAUUUGGCUGUCGAAUCGGGGUUCUAAACGGUGUGCAAAACCGUGCCAAAUCUCUUCUACCUCUGCCAACAAGCUGAGACUCUCCCAUGAAUAAGCAUAUGCAGCUGAAAUCAUAGAAGGAGGAGACAAGGUGAUGGCAUGUGCUAGGAUAGAAGCCACACAGAAAUCAUAACAUAUGCGAACGAAAUCAAAAGGAAAAGAGUUUACAGACACAGCUCGGAAAUCCAUGUUGAUGGAUCACAUAGAUUUUCCGAGUUGUGUGUUUCCAGAAGCAAGCCAAGGAUGAUUAUCCCUGUUCUCCCUCAAAGGCUUCCAAUACGUUGGCAUAAUCAAAGGAAAACCAUUUUGAUUAUGCCAAUAAUCAUGUGAUCGAAUCACACAAAUUUGACAGGGAGGAAGACCAUCCCCAUCAUCAGAAAUAACACCAUCACCGCAGCGGCGAUUCCUAUGGCUCCUGUGAUUUUCUUCACAGCCACCGACUUCUUGCCUCCAAGCAAGAAGCUAAGUAAAAGGAAAAGAAAAGCCAUAGCGUUAGCAGCCACGAUGAUAUACAGUAGAUGCGUGGGUGAGACAGAUGAAGACGCCAUGGGAACGAACCUUUUGAUCUCGCCAUCAUCGAUAUGGAUGCCAGAGCAGCUGGUCAAGCAUCUGUUAAGUUCCGCUGAGAUUAGUUUUCCAUCGCAGUCUUCAUCGAAUUGUUUGAUCACCUUCUUGAUCGCAUCCCUCUUCCAUUCAAUUUCAAAGAUCGAGUUUGGGGUUGGCGUCGUUGUCAUGGUUGUGUACUUGAACAGAGUUGUGUGGGUGGAGGACUGAAGACGGUGAACUGAGGAACUUUUGUAUUGAUUAUUAACAUAUUUGAAAGGCUAAACUUUAAAAGGGACUUGUUGACUUGACAAAUUAAAGAGCAUUGAUUGUAGCACAAUAAUUCUCAUGAUAUUAUCGCUAUGUUUGAUUAAUUCUAUAAAAUUUUAUGAAAUUUAAUUGAAUUUUAAAAUUUUUUUUAA